CUCCCCGUUGGCUUCUGAUUGGCACAUGACGUGAACUGAGCUUUGGCUUCCUGGAGGAGCCUGUGUACUCUGGACUUGACUCAGCUGAGAGAAUGGUGGACAAGAUAUGGAGGAAGAGUUGGCAAUUCAUAGAGAACAGACGCUCUGUACGCAUCAAGCAGUCGCCUUGUAAAGCGGCAGAGUGCAAGAGUGAUGUGGAAGGGGAUGGACGGCCCAAUGAGAGCGGCCCUUCCCUGGACGGUGGAGCCAGCUAUGGCCAGGGUCCGGUGACCCACGGCUCGGCCAUCAGCCCCGACAGAUUCGACAGCCCGCUCUACAGCCACGGGGUCCAGCCCGGCCCUCAGAGGCCCCGUCGGCCCAAGCUUCAGCACUCGCAGUCCAUCAUCCGGAAGCAGGCGGAGGAGGAGGCCAUCAAGCGGUCGCGCUCGCUCUCCGAGAGCUACGAGCUCUCCGCCGACCUUCAGGACAAACAGGUGGAGAUGCUGGAGCGCAAAUACGGUGGACGAUUCAUAACUCGGCAUGCGGCCCGCACCAUCCAGACAGCCUUCCGCCAGUAUCAGAUGAACAAGAACUUUGAACGUCUCAGGAGCUCCAUGUCUGAGAACCGUAUGUCCCGACGCAUUGUCCUGUCCAACAUGAGGAUGCAGCUGUCGUUUGAGGGUCCUGAGAAAGUGCACAGCUCCUACUUCGAGGGGAGGCAGGUGUCCAUGACGGAAGACGGCACCCCGCUGUCCAUGGUGCAGUCUGAGUGUGGAGAUAUCGAGGUUCACCAGCAGGCCAACAUGGGGUCUCACCCGCCUCCGCAGAGCGACCUGACCGACGCCAUCACGGAGCUGGAGGACGCCUUUUCCCGACAGGUCAAGUCUCUGGCCGAGUCGAUAGACGAUGCACUGAACUGUCGCAGCCUCCAGGGGGACGAGGGCCCGGACCCCGAGGCCAUAGGCUGCUCCGAGUCGGAGAGGAAAGCGCCCUAUCAGGUGAAGUCCCACCGCAGGGCAGCCGGACGCAUGCACGAUGAAACGAUGGCAUCGUACAGUGACGUCACUCUGUUCAUCGACGAGGAGGACAUGUCCCCGUCUAUCGCUCUGUCCAGGUCGGGGGAGCAUCCGUCCAGCACGGAAUCCGACUUGCGGAUGCGGUCAGUCAACUCCUCGCAGGAGUACUGGCCCAUGGACCCUAAAGAUGACGGUCACGACACAGACACUAGCUGCCGCAGCACUCCCUCUCUGGAGUGCCAGGAGCAGCGGCUCAGAAUGGACCACCUCCCUCUGUUGACCAUUCAACCUCCUAGCGACAGCUCGGUGGAGCUCAGCGACCGCUCGGACCGGGGCUCCGUCAAGCGGCCGCCCGUGUACGAGCCGCACGGCCACAUGGUGACCUCAUCGCAGGCGAGCCCCAAACACAUUUCCCACGGCCCCCCGCCGCGAGCGCCGACCCGUGACGACGACGCCCCUCUGCGCCACCGCCACCGCCAGCUGGAGAGCCACCUCGCCAUCAACGGCUCGGCCAACCGGCAGAGCAAGUCGGAGUCCGACUUCUCGGACGGGGACAACGACAGCAUCAACAGCACGUCCAACUCCAACGACACCAUCAACUGCAGCUCCGAGUCGUCGUCGAGAGACAGCCUCCGAGAGCAGACGCUCAGCAAACAGACUUACCACAAAGAGACCCGCAACAGCUGGGACUCGCCCAUCUUCAGCAACGACGUGAUCCGCAAGAGACACUAUCGCAUCGGUCUGAAUCUCUUCAACAAGAAGCCAGAGAAAGGGGUCCAGUACCUGACAGAGAGGGGAUUCAUCCCUGACACGCCGGUCGGUGUGGCUCACUUCCUGCUGCAGAGGAAGGGCCUGAGCCGGCAGAUGAUUGGAGAAUUCCUCGGCAAUCGGCAGAAACAGUUCAACAGGGAUGUCUUAGACUGUGUGGUGGAUGAGAUGGACUUCCAGAGCAUGGAGCUGGACGAGGCCCUCAGGAAAUUUCAGAACCACAUCCGUGUGCAGGGCGAGGCCCAGAAGGUGGAGCGGCUCAUCGAGGCUUUCAGCCAGCGCUACUGCAUCUGUAACCCCACGGUGGUGAGACAGUUCAGGAACCCCGACACCAUCUUCAUCCUGGCCUUCGCCAUCAUCCUCCUCAACACCGACAUGUACAGCCCCAACGUUAAGCCCGAGAGGAAGAUGAAGAUGGAGGACUUUAUCAAAAAUUUACGAGGUGUGGACGAUGGAGAGGACAUACCCAGGGAGACGCUGGUCGGUAUCUACGAGAGGAUUCGCAAGCGUGAGCUCAAGACCAAUGAAGACCACGUCUCACAGGUGCAGAAGGUCGAGAAGCUCAUCGUGGGGAAGAAACCGAUUGGAACUCUCCAUCACGGCCUGGGAUGUGUUUUGUCGUUGCCUCAUCGUCGGCUGGUGUGUUACUGUCGCCUGUUUGAAGUGCCAGAUCCCAACAAGCUGCAGAAGCUGGGCCUGCACCAGCGGGAGAUCUUCCUGUUCAACGACCUCCUAGUGGUAACCAAGAUUUUCCAGAAGAAGAAGAACUCUGUGACGUACAGCUUCAGACAGUCCUUCUCUCUCUACGGGAUGCAAGUCAUGCUGUUUGAAAAUCAGUAUUACCCAAAUGGAAUCAGACUCACAUCAGCGGUACCAGGUGCGGACAUCAAAGUCCUCAUCAACUUUAACGCGCCCAACCCCCAGGACCGCAAGAAGUUCACAGACGACCUACGAGAGUCCAUCGCCGAGGUCCAGGAAAUGGAGAAAUACAGGAUAGAGUCCGAGCUGGAGAAGCAGAAGGGGGUGGUGAGGCCCAGCAUGUCGCAGAGCUCCGGUCUGAAGAAGGAAUCCGGCAACGGCGGCAUGAACCGCGCCAGCCUGGACGACACCUACGCCAUGGGGGAGGGCCUGAAGAGGAGCGCCCUCAGCAGCUCGCUGCGAGACCUCUCCGACGCAGGCAAGCGGGGGCGUCGCAGCAGUGCAGGAUCACUAGACAGCAAUAUGGAAGGGUCCAUCAUUAGCAGUCCGCACACCCGCCGGAGAGCCACCACGCCUCGAGAGGGCGCACCCCGCAGCCAAGCACCCACCCACCCCCCCAGCCACCCCCCCAGCCAACCCCCCAGCCAACCCCCCAUCCCUAACUCGGCAUCGACCUCCAUCCUGGGGUCGAUCUUUGGCAGCAAGCGAGGCAAACCCCCCUCCCAGGGCCACGCCUCCUACCCUCCGGCCGGCCAGCCCACCCUCAUAUCCCACAAGCCCCACCCGACCAACCUGCACCACACAGCACAGCCGACGCACCCGGUGCCGGCCCAAGGCCACCACCCGCAGUACUGCCAGGUCCCACAGAACCCGCCGCCUUACAACCACCACCACCACUACCACCCGCCCCCCCACACGCAGCAGUACCACCAGCACCCGCCCCACGCCCCACACGCACACCAACACGCCCACCCGCAGCAGCACAGCCACUACAGCCAGCAUUCCCAUCACAGCUCGCACUCCCAGCACGCCGGCCACCACCACAGUCAGCAGGCGGGUUCGGCGCCUGGCGGACCCAAACCCAAACACAGUGGCAUCAGCACCGUAGUGUGAUGCUCUCCGAAACACAGAGAGGAGAGGAGGGAACUCGAUAUGAAGGAAGGACAAUUGCUUACACCAAAGGGACUGACAGCAUAACUCUAUGGCCUGUCCACUGUGUUUAACUGCUGCUGUGAUGGAAACCAGUCACACGCAGUCGCCUGUUUCACCUCCAGGUUCCAACUAAUAUGCAGGAUGGAAACGGGACUCAAAUCUUCCACCAGGGGCCUUUUACUAGUUUGCCUGAUUGUGGGCUCGGCCCUAUCAGGGUCUUGUGGGUGGGGGUGGGUUCUGUACAGGAAGAUGCUCUUUAUUUUCCACACACGCCGCCCCCGGCCGUGACGGCAAGUUGCUCCCCCACUGCUUCCUCCCUUCAAUAGCCUGUCUUACUUUCACAUAAUCAGGAGGACAAAACGACCAGGGACGAGAACAUGGCCCGAACGCUUUCUCCGUCACGGUGACGGCCGAACUUCUUGCGCAAAACCCUGUUCUGAAGUCAACUUUCCACUUUGGUUUGCAGAUCCUACCACCAUACGAAUGCUGUUUGUUGUUGCCACCCUCAUAUGUAGUGAAGAACAUAGGUAUAAUCAUUUCACACUAACUGAAAUCCAAGGACAGGCGAGCAACUGAGUGGACCAUCUCAGUCAUAGUAGUUCUAGUGCUGUAUUUACUGUAGAUUACAGCUAUACGUGUUGUCUCCUAGCUCUCAUAAAUAAAUGUGCCAAUUAUUAACGCAUAAUCUAUUUAGUCAAGACUUCAUGUACAGUAUAUUGUGCGUAAAGUAAUUUGUAAGAUUAUACUUACAAUUAUUAUUAUUAUUAUCAGCAAAAGGGAAUUUUAUCAGUAUUAUACUGACUCUGCGGUAAGGGGAUGUAGAUCUGAAAGGAGUGAACUCCCAUUCAGUCCAGCCUAAUCAAUUCUGGAAAAACGUUUUGCCUUUUCAAAUGGAUCCGACGGAGCCUCUGGGUGGCAGCUGUUGCAUAUACGGGCCCCAAAAUGGCGUGCUGUCACAGCGGAGGCCUCAACGCAGACUUCCUGUCAACUCUCACGAGUGAUCAACAGGGCUGAUUGGUUGUUUUAAUCUCAGUUUACUUCUCAUACUCUGGCUGCUCCAACUGUAAAAAUAAUAAAGAGGAAUAUCAGGAGGGGGAAGAUGUUUUGAACACGCUCGGAGGCUCGGUUCAUGUUACGAGCGCAAAACGUGUUGACCACGUGAAGUCUGUUGCCUUUCGCAUAUACAACAGCUGCUCUCUUGACUCUUGGGGAAAAAAUCAAACACGGAAAAUAACUUUUUUCAAAUCUUAUUUUGCCUUGUUUCCUAUUUUUUUUAUUCACCCAACGAGGAUCGGUGAGAGAAUAAAAUCAGUUCUUACAUAGUGAAGUAUUUUUUUCAUCUUUUUUCUAUCAUGUGUGCAAUAUCUUUGUACUGAUUUUGUACAUUAAGAACAAACAAGGUCUCCCUCCAAUUUGUGUGUUUUUCAUGUUGCGUCAUUAUUUAUUUAUUUUUUUGUUUUGGACCCCUGUCAGAGUCUUUCGGUAAAUUAAUGUGCGGCUGUCCUCGUGCUCUCAUGGGGAGGUACAGACUUGGAGUUCAGUGAAAUCUCUAGUAAGUUUUUCCUUUUGUUUUGCAUGUAAUGUUAUUGACGUGAGGCUAUCCUCUGCACAUUGUAUAACAAAUCAGUGUUACCAUAGCAAGUUUAAGUGCAAUCAUGUUCAGAAAAUUCAGACUUGAACCGAGAGUGGAAGUAAGUCUGAUAUCUUGUUGUCCAGGAUGAGAUUCAGGUGAAAAAAUAAAUAUCUUUUUUCAUUUAAGAAUAUAUGUGUAUAUACAUAUAUAUAUACAUACAUAAAUACGUACUUAUACAAUAAACAGUGGAAAGAGGAAUGUGUGUAUAUAUUUUAAUAAAAGAAAGGCUUCUCUUUGGGCUAAACAAAAAUAUUUUGCUGGAUAAGCACAUAUGGAAGAACACUUUCAUUUCUUUCAGGAAAUGCAGUUACAAUAUACAAAAUGCAAACUGAACAACAGAACUGGGUAUAUGUAAAGAAUAACUUUCUACAUUCUACAAAUAAGAGUCUAUCCUAGUGUGUAAAUUAGUGACAGUAAUCUGUGUGUCCCAGUAUUCAGGUUGUAAAUGUAUUUUAACAUUCACAAAGAAAUCCAUCGUCAUAAGUCAGGCUUGAGCUACGUUCAGAUGGCAGACGGAUCACGAUUGGGACAUUGAUGCUCCGAUGAAUGUGUCUCUCCACGGAUUCCAUAUUUUUUCUAUAGAUCUCGGGGGCGAUGUAAAAGCGAGGAAUCUGUUUAUUUCUGUGUGUGUUGUAGUGCUUCCAAUGUCUACAGUCAUUCUUUGUGAGAACGUACCCCAACAAUGCACUGCAUGGAUCUGAUGCAUCAUGUGUCCUACUCACUGUGAGCUGAUCGGGGGGGAGGGGAGGGGAAAAAGAAUCAGCCUAUACAAUUUUGGACUUCAGCUUUGGUUUUUGAAUGAUUCGGAAUUACUUGAUGUUGACGUGUUCUUGUUGUUCCAUGUUAAGCUGGUGGUAACUGAAGCUCGGCAUGCAUUUCAUCAACAAAUCCAUUGUGUAAAUUACCAACAGAGAACAUUGCACUUCUGUCACGGUGUAAAUACGGGAUUUUGAUGUGUAAACUGUGUGGUCGGAGGGGUGUAUCUUUGUGAAGCUGUAAAGGGACCAAGGUGGGGAAUCGAAGGAGCUGUACAUAAUGUGUAUAUGAUCAGUGCUCUGUUCUGAUGUCUGCAGUCAAGAUCAGGAUGUAUAUACAGUUGGUCACCUCACAGAUGGACGCCGGGGGUGUUAUAUGAACAUAUCGAUUGUCUCAGCCUCCAGCUGUCAUGAACGGACAUUUGUUGUAGAAAUAAAAAAAAAAAAAUGACUGUUAGAAAGUUCGCUUCCAUUUACAUCCAGCUCUCCUUUCAUACAUGCAACCCCCCCCCCCCAUACACACAAACACCCACAUACUGUACACACAUGGAUAAACGUGAACACAUCCUGCAGCAAGCUGUUCCGUGUGGGGUGAGACACAUUUUUCAACAACAAAAAAAGGGAAAGACAAGAAUGGCCUCAUUUAUAUGUGCAUUCUGUUUGUACAGUGAGUAGUGAGUCAGUAAGACCCCAGUUAUUGUAAAACUUCAACUGUGACAAUGUUGAGAACGCAAAAUAAACAAGUAUAUGACUUACGGUA